AAAUCUCUCUCGUUUCUCGCUGCGCUCUCACCCCAGCCGAAGCGGCCUUCAACACGGCGAAGCACAACGCCGUCACCCCCGCCUCUCUGCCUGCCGCCGACCUUCGGCUUAUCAGCCGGAAACGGUCACAACCCCGAAAUCAUCUUCCGCCGUCUCAGCCGCACCGACGCCUCAGCUCCCCCUCCAAUUUCUAGGUUUUAAUUCAUCUUGAAAAUACUCUAAUUGUUCAAUUAUGUGAAUUUCUUUGCUUGUCCAUCAAAAUUAUCUUAAUUCUUCAAUUAUGUGAAUGAAAAUAUUCUAAUUGUUCAAUUAUAUGGAGUUUUUGUUACCUCAAUUUGAUCUUCGAGUUUAUAUAUAUUGGUAUAUUUUUAUUCUAAUUUUUCAAUUAUGUGGAAUUCUUUUUUUAGACCAGUUUUAAUUAUGAUAUUUUUUUAACUUAAAAAUUUGAAAGAAUCAUAUGUCUAGUGUCUUGGUUUUUGUUCAAACCUACUAGUUUUAAAGUAGGUUUAGUUGUACAAAUCUUUGGAGUUUUUUUAAAGUUAUGAUUUGGGAACAACAAAAUAUUGUUUACUACUAGCAAAGAAAAUGAGAUAGUCAUGUUUGGAUGGGAAAUAGAUCGUUUCUGUUUGUAAAGAAAAUGAGAUAGUCAUGCUUGGAUGGGAAUCCAAAGAUGAGAGAUUUCUUGUGGAAGAUGAAUGUAUAACCUCAUUUGUAUUGUCAAGAGACAUAAAGAACAUUCUGGUCAGUCUUUCUAACCAAGCGAUUCACCUUUGGUAUAUAGAUGGGAGUAUGAAGUGUAUAGCCAAAUAUAAGGGUCACAAGCGUAUUCGCUUUGUAUUGAGGUCUUGUUUUGGUGGACUUAAUCAAGCAUUCAUUGCUAGUGGAAGUGAAGACUCAGAGGUUUAUAUUUGGCAUAGAGGGUCUGGAGAACUUGUUGGGACAUUGGCAAGACAUUCUGGGACAGUGACUGCGUGAGCUGGAAUCCGAUGAACCAUCAUAGAAAUGGCAUUGUUAGAAAUGGCGUCUUUCACUAUUGUAACGGUGGAACCUCAAAGUAUUGUUAUGAUGUCUCAUGUUAUUGUUACCAAAAAAAAGUCUUUCCCAAACCAUUUGCUCUUGUGUAAAUUCUUUUUCAACUUUAUGUCACACUGACAAGUACCAAACUUGAAUUCACCGAACAGGGGAGGUAAUGCGACAAGAGUAUGAGCUAGAGUACGGAAGCGAUUAUCUCGAGAUGCACGUUGGAGUGGUACGGCCCAUAGACCAUGCGCUGGUGGUUGAUGACCUCGUUGCCAGUGGCGGCACUCUUUGCGCAGCUAUGGAUUUAUUGGAUAUUUCUUUCUGUCGUUUUCUUUGCAGGACUACUCUCAACGAACCAAGCUAAGUCAGCCAGAUAGUCAAUUUUGCAGUUAGCUGUUGGCAUUAAUAUUCGAACUUGUGACUAUUAGAUCCAAGUUUUGUUCCUUGUUUCAAGUUGAAUUGGACUUGUUUGAUUUUUAUUUAGUACUAUUUAUUUUUGGUUCACAUGGUGAAAGUUUGACUUGAUACUACAAUUUUUACUGAACAUGCUGGUGCUGAGGUGAUUGAGUGUGCAUGUGUCAUUGAAAUUCCAGUCCUAAAGGCUAUUGCUCUUGAUCGUUCAUUAGAUCUUGAAGAGUUAAUUUGUUUCACUUGGCGACAUACAAAUAGGAGCUUUACCGACGAUCGCUCAAAGGAGAUUUUUGUAAUAAUCUUUAUUUUUUUAAUUUAAUGUUAUUACUGUCGUUUGUGACUUAUGACUUU